AAAUAUAACAAGCUUUAUUGCAGGUAUGCAGGUAACAGCAGAAUCAGCAGUGCAGUGCAGGUGAGUAUGGCAGUCACAGAUAAUUCUUGUAGAACUUAGCUGAAGGUAACAGAAGUCUUGGUGUGGAAUUUGUUUUGGUGGCAGAAGCUUCCACAGCACAAAUGAAUGACAGUGACAAGACACAGAUAAUAAAAAGAACAAAAAUAGAAUAAUAGGUAUCAAAUAAUAUAAAAAAAAAAAUAUAUAUAUAUACAUACAGUAAUAUACAAAAAUAGACGUUAUAUAUAUGUACAGGUAUGUUAUAUACAAAUGCAAGGACAUGUAAAUGUAUAAAUAGUGUUGUGUAUUGCACGUUUAUUGCCAAGUGGGGGAAUUGAUUGUUCAUGAGAUGGAUUACCUGAGGGAAGAAACUGUUCCUAUGCCUGGCUGUUUCAGUGUUCGGUGUAGCGCCGACCAGAUGACAAAACUUUAAAGAGGAAGUGGCCUGAGUGUUAUUUAAUGAGUUAUUUUAUUGACUGCAAUAUUGGAUUAUCAUAUCCUCCUGGUUGGUGAUAUCAACGUCAGCACUGUGCAAUAAUUAUGAAUAUCUUUUGAGGAGGUCCGCCUUUCCCCUUUAUAUAAGAUUUGGUGUCUUGCCACAAAAUAGGCACCUCACUGGUACACGUUCCUUGGCAGUUGUUUCUGGAAAAUUAUCAUUGUAAUGAACUGAACAUGAAAUUUAAAAAUCAGAGGAUUCUGAAAAUAAUCUCCAUCAUUUCAUUGUCCCUCUUCUUGCUGAUCUAUACAGGACGAAUGACAAAUUGUCCUCAUAAGAAAGAGCUGGUCUUGAAUCACUUACUAAAGCAGGAUGUUGGAGAACUACAGGCUUGUUCUGCUAUUAUUCAAGGAGACAUGGAUGGAGUGGACAAGGACAUUUUCAGGAAGCUCCUGACCUCGAAAAAAACAACAUCCCUGCUAUCUGAGUCAUUCUAUCUCAACGCAACCAAGGAUUGUCCAUCCUACAUCCGAGACAGAGGGUUUCUGACACUUUCUCCCAGUAAAGAAGAGAAAGAUUUCCCCAUUGCUUACUCCAUGGUGAUCCAUGAGAAGAUUGAGAUGUUUGAAAGGCUCUUAAGAGCCAUUUACACUCCUGACAAUGUGUACUGUGUUCAUGUGGACCAGAGGUCUCCUGAGAUCUUUAAAGAAGCAGUUAGGGCCAUUGCGUCCUGCCUGACAAAUGUGUUUGUGGCCAGCAAACUGGAGAAUGUGAUCUACGCCUCCUGGUCUCGAGUUCAAGCGGACAUCAACUGCAUGCAGGAUCUGCUCAAGUCACCUGUCCAGUGGAGGUAUCUGCUCAACACCUGUGGCACUGAUUUCCCCAUUAAAACCAAUGCAGAAAUAGUUGUCUCUCUAAAACACCUGAACGGAAAGAACAGUUUGGAGUCUGAGGCUGUAGAGUCCAAAAAGGUGCGAUGGCAGUAUCAUCACAAUGUUACGAACGUUGUGACUCGGACCGAUGUUAAAAAGUCACCCCCGCCAAUACAGAGCCCUAUGUUCGCAGGAAAUGCUUACUUUGUGUUUUCAAGAGAGUUUGUGGAUCACAUCUUCAAAAGCAAAGAGGUUCAAGAAUUCAUGGAAUGGGAGAAAGACACAUACAGUCCAGAUGAGCACAUGUGGGCUACGUUACAGCGGAUGCCUUCAGUGCCAGGAUCCAACCCUCCAAACAGAAAGUAUGAGCAAUCGGACAUGAACGCAAUUGCUCGUCUAGUGAAAUGGAGCUACCUUGAAGGAGAUCUAAAGAAAGGGGCUCCCUAUCCACCAUGCAGUGGGAUGCACAGACGGGCGGUUUGUGUCUAUGGAGCUGGGGACUUGAAAUGGAUUGUGAGGCAACACCAUCUUUUGGCAAACAAGUUUGAUCCAGAAGUAGAUGAUGUAGCAAUCAAAUGUAUGGAGGCUUUUUUAAGGUACAAAGCUAUUUAUGGUCGAUCAUUACUAACAGUUGAAAAAUCUGACAUUAUUUUGUGAUGUUUUUAAUGACAGGUACAGUAAUUAUUUGUAUAUUUUUCUAAAUAUUGUAUUAAUCUUUUUAUGGAUAUGAAUGUAAAUGUAAUAAAGUAUAUUAUAAAUGUAUAUAUUCUAAGUUUGUCAUAUUAAUAGGAUGAUGAAAACUGUAAAAUACUUUAAAUUAAUUAUUUUAAAUUAAAUGAGCAAUUUGCAUUUAAAAAUUAGUUGUACACUUUAAAGAAGCUCUGUGUUACAAUUAAUACUUCAUAUAAACCAACAGAUUUGGUAGUAACUUUUAACAUUAAUAGAUCAAUACUUAGACUACCUAUAAAAUGAAACCUUUCACCAUAUAAAUACUGAUGCAACUAGAAUAAAAAACAAACAAACAAAAAAACAAUAAAGAGUUUGAUAAUAAUUAAAACAACACUCUUCAAGUGGAAAAGCAGAAAAACCUCACCAUUUCACAAUGAUUUACAAAAACAUGUAGGGGAAUUACAGUUAGAACCCAUAAUGAGACCAAUAUGCUCAAUGAAGACCAGGAGUCAAAGUUGAAGAGUUUACUGAAGACAAAGUUCUCCACACUUCCAAAGGUCGUAGAAACUAGUAAGAGGACCCAGCCUAGAACUAACUUAGGAUACAAAAACACAAGUACUUAUAGUCAUAUGGAUAAUCUUUUCUACAUUUCUAAUUGGUUAACAGUACAUAUUCUAGCAGCGUCUGAACAUGUUAUUCUGUUCUUUAUGCAAAUGAGGUUAGUUAAAGACAUUAUCUUUGAUGCACUUUGUUCUAUAUACGUAAGAAUCUUUAGUAAGGGUCACAGGUAAAUCAUAAAUUCUGGAAGGACUCUUUUCAUGUGGGGCGCUGUAGAAUUUUUCUGAAGACUAUUCCAUUGGCAUGGUCAAAUCCGUCUCAUAAUAACAAACAACCCCUGCAAGCAUAUUUAGAUAAAACAUUGACAUUGGCAACAUAUUUUCCGUUAAAGGAUUAGUUUUGACAGGACUUCACCAGAACAGAACAUGAAAACUACAUCCACACAGAGCACUGAUAUAAUCUACUGAUGAUUCACUCAUUGUUAUAAAUAGUUAUAACAUAUAGUGACCAAUGGUGCUAUAAAUCUUAAAAAUAAUUACACAUGCUAAGUAUGCAUUUGUGUUAGUGGAAACAUGUAGUGCAUUAUUGACCUUCUUGACCUUAGACAGUUGUCUUUACAUGUCUCAUAAAGCUACAGAAUAAAAUGGAUAAGAAUAAAAUAAUUUACUUGUGUAAGCAAAUUAAUUAAUUACAAAACAAGUACAUAUUUAUACUCUGGAAGUGUGGCUAAAUUGUUACUGCAUUGCUGACAUGGGUCAGACCCUCAGUCACCUCUCAGAUGCCAAAUACAGACACUGCCUGUAACAUAUAAAUGCCAGAAUAGAUACACUGGUUUUAAGAAAAUUAUGAUUUCCAAUUAGGGAUGUUCAAAAUACCGUUUUAUACACAGGGUGGCUAAGGCUAAUUCAGGGGGUCCAUAGACCAUGACAGAAAAUAAGUGUAUAACCCUAACCUGGGAUUAAAAAGCAUGAAUGAGUCCUACACUCUAAAAAAUGCUCUUUAAAAAACAAAACAAAAAAAACAAAAACAA